AUGUCUUCCAAUCCUACUGUCUACGUCGUGACCGGCGCCACCCGCGGUAUCGGCUUUGCGCUCGUCGAGCAGCUCUCCACUCGCCCUGACACCGUCGUCUACGCUGGUACCCGCUCCCUCCCCCUUCCCAACGCCAGCCAACUCGCUCAACUCGCUGCUAAGCACCCUGAGGUCGUCAUCCCCAUCAAGAUCAACUCAGCUGAUGAGGCCGAUAAUGUCGCUGCAGCGGAGGUCAUCAAGGCCAAGUAUGGGUACGUCUCUGUGGUGAUAGCCAAUGCAGGCUCACACUCCGGCACCCUACCCAUCUCCGAAUUACAGCCUCACCACAUGCUCUCCGACUUCGAAACGAAUGUACUCGGGCCUCUCGCUUUGUUCAAUAAGAUGUCUUCGCUGCUCCUCGCGGCCAACGAGGCCUCUCCCGGCUCCGCGAAGUUCAUGGUAGUCUCCAGUCUCGUGGGGUCCAUCGCUGAGCUCUUGCCGUAUCCGUACACCGCAUACGCUACGUCAAAAGCCGCGGUCAACUUUGUGGUCGCCAAGAUCAACCAGGACCCUGGAAUAGUCAGUACGGACAUGGCUAGGAAAGCGGCAGGUGAAGCUGGACUUACAAUCGAAGCCUUCGGCGCGAUCACCCCGCUGGCGAGCGCUACUGGUCUCCUGAGCGUUGUAGACAAGGCUACCAAGGAGUCUCACGGCGGCAAGUUCUGGAACUAUACCGGGGAGGAGUUGCGGUACUAG